CAACGACUCUGCGUUCUGAUUGGCAAGGACGGCCCAGGAACCCAGCGGCAUUCUAGGCACAAUCGUGGCUGCGCGUCGAUCGGUACUGUUCCUCUGGCGACUUCAACGAGCAGAGUUAUGAAUGUUGACUUGGCGCGCUUGUCUGGGAGCAUGUUCCAAGCCCGUGCUUUCCCACCAAGCACUCCUAUCACCGCCGGCCAUAUGCUGCCUGACUGCCUGGUUCUUGUCUACCAUCGCGCACGGCUCGCUUCAGCUCGAGCCGUACUGGCCAUCAGCGACCUUCGAAGUCAGCCAGGUCCAGUCCAGUAACUUUGCCGACCCGCAGCCACUGGACAUCAACAGCCUGAGCCAGAUUGCCACGGCUGUGCUCACUCAGAACCUGGGCAUCGCGUCAGAUCAGUUUGUAGUCACCAGCUCGUACCAAGAUAGCCACAACAGCGUCUUUCAUAUGUACAUCCAGCAAGUAUACGAGGGUUUGCCCAUUGGCAACGCAGUAGCAAACGUCAACCUGGACAGCUACGGCAACUUGCUUUCGAUAGGCUCUACCAUCCCAAAGCAAAACAAUCGGCCGCUGGCCCUUCCAGGGCGACGAAAGCGAAGCUCAUCGGCUUCCUCACCAGCUUUGUCGGCUCGCGAUGCCUUGACCGCCUUCCUGGCAAAGGCCAACAUCACCAGCAACCCGCAGACCUGGACAUCCUCGACCGAUGCCACUGGCCGAACCAGCUUUGACCAAGUCGAUGACUUUGCCCAGCAGCCCGUCAAGGCAUCCCUCAUCUACUACCAAACGCCUGCAGGCCUUGUCAAGGCAUGGAACAUCAAUAUCUACACCCGCAGCGGCGACGACUGGUACGAUGCCUUUGUCGACGCAACCACCGGCGAUUUGAUCGGCGUUUCCAAUUGGGUCAAUCAGUUCGCUGUGGCGUCCUACCGGGUGAUUCCCUUUACCUCAGAGGAUCUGUCCGUCUCGGCUCAGGUCUGGCUCGUCGAUCCGGUCUCGGAGAACAGGAUGUUCAAUGCCUCGGUCUCGCCUCUGGGCUGGCACGAUGAGGGCAAUGGCCCGCUGCUGACCACGAUGGGAAACAACGUCUAUGCCCAGGAGGACUGGAACAACACCGGCUCCAUCGACGGCCGCCACCGCCCGGCUGUCAAUGCUAGUCUCGCAUUCGACUUUACGUACGACCCGAAUCGGGAUCCGAUGGCGAGCAUCAAUGCCUCUGUCACACAGCUGUUUUAUAUGAACAACAUGGCGCACGAUAUCUUUUACAUGUACGGGUUCACCGAGGCGGCCGGCAACUUCCAGACCAACAACUUUGGCAACAGCGGACUGGGCAACGACGCCGUCGUAGCGUUCGCACAAGACGGCGCUGGGAUCAACAAUGCGGACUUUGCCACCCCGCCCGAUGGAUCGCCCGGCCGGAUGCGGAUGUACAUCUUUACCAAGACGACACCCAAUCGCGACGGCGCCAUGGACAACUCGAUCAUCUUCCAUGAAUACGGUCAUGGUGUUUCGAAUCGUCUCACCGGCGGCCAGCGCAUCGCCAACUGCCUGACGCGGACCGAGUCCAUGGGUCUUGGAGAGGGCUGGAGCGACUUUUUCGCCUACAUCAUCUCCCUUCGCUCAACCCUGAGCCGGUUCAGCAAUCUGACCAUAGGCGGGUACACCGCAGGCAAUCCGCGAAACGUCCGGAACUACCCCUCGACCUCGAACACGACAGCCAAUCCGCUGACCUACGCCAACAUGACAACAACCUUUGGCAACGUGCACUCCAUCGGCGAGAUCUGGACGGCAAUGCUGAUGGAAGCAGCCUGGAAUCUGAUCGAGACACUCGGAUUCGAAAACGACAUCCGAAACAGCGACAGCGGCAAGGGCAACACGGUGAUGCUUCAGCUGGUGAUCGACGGUCUCAAGCUGCAGCCAUGCAACCCGGACUUUGUCUCGGCCCGGAACGCCAUCAUCCAGGCCGACAAAAUUGCCAACCAGGGACAGAAUGUGUGCCUGCUAUGGGCCGGCUUUGCCAAGCGCGGUCUCGGCGCUGCUGCGGUUGCUGGAACAUACGUCAACUCGAUGGACAUGGGCGACGGCUGCCUGGGGACAGGGCAGACACCGGUGCCGACUUCUGUUGCCCCGUGGACGACCUCGGUGCAGACGAGGCUGUUGGUCUCCACGACAGCCCAGCUGGCGCUGACGACGACGGCGCCAUUGUCGGCCACAUCGGCUCCGAUGCCCAUCACUCUGGGGCCCGCCGACCCGACUGCCAGUCCCAAGCCGCAGGGCUUUGCCAAUGUCGACUCGAGCACUGUCUCGCUUCGACAUGGGCAAGCGAUGCUGGGCGCCGGAUUGGCGGCUGCAUGGGCUGUGGCGGCAAUGUGGCAGGGGGCGUAGCUCUUGAUAGUGAGAGCGGAACCAGCGACGGUCUGAUGAAUGCUCCCCAUCCCGGCACAUUCUUGGACACCCCCAGUCGAUCUCCAUGGCGACGAUCAGCCGGCAUUGCCAUCGCGAUGCGGGGGGGUGCGGUGCAUGCACUCAGCCCUCAUGGCCAGAGGGUGAUUCUGCUCGUGCUGGCUGACAGAGACCCAACACGAUGCUCCGUUGACCUUGU